UCCCAAUCUGACUCGUUGUUUGCUUGCGAGUUGAUUGUAAAGUUUAUUUAAUGAGGUUAUGUUUGGAACUUUCCAAUGUCUGAAAUAAAACUUUAACAGUAUUGCUAACCUAAUAGUAAAGGGAUAUUUUUGUUGCUUAUGUUAAAUCAAGAUUUAUUUUUUAUAUAGCAAUGGUAAACUAAAUUUUCUAAACCUGAUCCAGUAAUGUAAAAUGGCUUUCUUAGAGUGGAGGAGAUUCAAUUUCUUCGACUUGAAAAAAAGUAUAGACUCUCAAAAAUUACAACAAUAUAUUGGGGAUGUCCGUAUUACAGCGACCAGCAGUGGUAGGGGUUUGUUAGUUCUUGCCGACUCAGAUGGAAAUGUUCAUCUUGUCACCCGAAGCUUUGAAAUAUCUACAUUUCGUGCGUAUGACCGCAAUAUAUCCAUCGUUGAGCAAGGGCGUCAGUCACCCUUCCUCGUCACAAUCGGUGAAGAUGAAGUCGGGGUGAACCCUGUGAUCAAGGUGUGGAAUGUUGAGAAGCCGGACCGUCAAGGUCACCCCACUUGUGUGCGGAUCUCAAGAGCUCACUUGCCCAACAAAGCGGUGUCCACGUCAUGUUUGUGUCUCAACGACAAUCUCACACUGAUGGCUGUCGGGUUCAUUGACGGCUCAGUCAUCAUCUAUCAAGGAGACAUCACAAGGGAGAGAACAAAUAAACAAAGAAUUCUGAAAGGGGCGAGUCAACCAGUGACUGGUCUUGCGUUCCAGACCAAUGGCAAGGAGACAUUUCUCUUCGUGGCAACUACCACCAAUGUGUACUUGUAUAACAUUACACAUAAAGAUCGUGAAACUAAGGAUACGCUGGACACUGUUGGAUGUAGUCCUCAUUGUUCUAUUCUGGCCGAGUCUAUGCAAGAUACCCACUUCAUGAUUGCUAGGAAUGAUGCGGUGUACUGUUACACGACGGAUGGAAGGGGGCCUUGUUACGCUGUGGAAGGGGAGAAAAUCCUCCUCCAGUGGUACAGGAGUUAUCUGAUUAUCAUAGCGAAGAGUGCAGCUGUUCAACCUUCGAAGAUAAAUGAACCAAGUGAGGAAUUUGAUCGGGAGAAGCACAUUCUGACAGUGCUGGAUAUCCAGAAUAAGUUUAUUGUGUUUACGGCUGCAAUGCGAGAGGUGCGGGCUGUCCUCGCAGAGUGGGGCUCGCUGUAUGUGCUUACUGGUGACCAUGCACUGUCACUACUGAUCGAAAAGGAUCUGCAAUCCAAAUUGGCUCUGCUCUUCAAGAAAAACCUUUACGAUGUGUCAAUUAGGAUUGCUAAAAGCCACCAGUACGAUAUGGAAGGCCUUGUAGAUAUUUUCCGACAAUACGGUGAUCAUCUGUACGCCAAGGGUGAUCAUAAUGCAGCCAUAGAACAAUAUAUCAAAACUAUUGGAAAGCUAGAACCUUCUUACGUCAUUAGAAAGUUCCUGCAGUCGCAUCAGAUCGACAAUCUGACGGACUAUCUACAAGCCCUCCACAAGCAGGGAGCGGCGACGGCAGACCACACCACUCUGCUGCUUAAUUGUUACACCAAGCUCAACAAAAUUGACAAGUUCAAGGAAUUCAUAAUGACAAAGGAUCGAGAAGUGGACUUUGACGUGGAGGUGGCUAUCAGUGUAUGUCGCCACACAUCGUCCGAGGACGCUCUCUUGUUGGCGGAGAAACACGGUCUACAUUCUUGGUACUUGAAGAUGCAGAUAGAGGACCAUGAGAAAUAUGGUUCGGCUGUGGAGUAUAUUGGCAAACUUCAAUUCUCAGAGGCAGAAGACAACAUGAAGAAGUUUGGCAAUAUUCUACUUCAGCAUGCUCCAAAAGAGGCAACAGACUUGCUCAAGAAACUCUGUACAAAUUACAGGCCAAGUAGUAAGCCCCUUAUAGAACAGAACGCUGGAAACAAUAGAGAGGAUAAUUACAUAAUAAAAGCAAAUCCAGCAGACUUCAUACAUCUUUUUGAAAACAACUCAGAGAGACUUGUAGAAUUUUUAGAAUUUCUUAUUCAGAAGACACCAAAGUGGGAACCGCUAGUGUACAACAUUCUGGUGGAACACUACCUGCAGGUCUGGUCACGCCUGAGUGACGAUGCUACCAGAAAGCAGUGGGAGCAGCGGAUAGUGAGGCUGUUGGAGUCUCCAGACGCACAAUACGAUAGACACCAGACCCUCAUUCUCUGCCAGGCAGUCAACUUCCGACCGGGUGUCCUCUACCUCUACGAGGAGAAUAAACUGUAUCAACAGAUCCUGCAGUACCACUUGAGUCAGCAGGACUACCAGUCAGUGUUGGCAUGUUGUCGCAGGUUUGGUCUGCAGGACUCCAGCCUGUGGGUGCAGGCCUUGUGGGCUGGAGCUAAAGAUGUGGAUAUGCCCAGUCACCUCUUAAUAGAGAUUCUCAACGUCAUCGAGAAGGAGCGACUGCUGUCGCCUUUGCUCGUGAUUGAUGCACUCAGUAACUGGAAUGCUGUGAAGGUGGGAGAUAUUCGGUCGUACCUGCAGAGUGUGUUUCAUGCGGAGGAACGGUUGACCGACCAAGAUCAGGCUCUGAUAAAAAAAUACGCUGAAGAGACUGCUAGAAUAAGACAACAAAUAAAUAACAUGCAAAACUCGGCAAUUGUAUUUCAAGGGUCACGGUGCUGUGCAUGCAAUCAUCAGCUAGAACUUCCUAGUGUUCAUUUCCUGUGUCAACAUUCAUUCCAUCAACACUGUUUCCAAAGCUUUUAUGAAAAUGAAAAUGAGUGCCCUGCUUGUUUACCUAAAAACAAACAGAUCAUGGAUUUCAUCAGAGCUCAGGAGCAAGGGCGAGAUCUUCAUGAGACAUUCCACAGCCAGCUGGAGAAGGCCGAUGAUGGGUUUACUCUUGUUGCUGACUACUUUGGUCGAGGAGUUUUCAACAAGCUUACAAUUGUAAAUGACCCGUCUCUAAAGCUACCUGCUAAAAAUAUUAGCAGUUUAAUGUUACCAAUUCGAAGUGGUUCUACUGACUCGGAAAAGAACUCCGUCUGGUCUCCCCCUCCAAAAGCAACUGCUGUAAAGAACAAACCAGCCUCCCGAGCAAAUCCCCACCAAGCCAAAACAAGAACAAUUUAGAUCGCCGAUUCCCAGCCCCAGCAAGUACCAGCCCCCAAACAGCUCGGAUUCCAUCAGCCAGGCAAUCAAAAGUCCGACAGUCCCCAAAUCCAAGCCUCCUGUUGGUCUUAAUCCAUUUGAAGAAGAUGACUAUCCGGCACAUUAUAAUCCGUUUGAAAAUGAUGAUGAUGAUGGCAAAAAUUUGAAUCCCUUUUCAUCUUAGCAUAAGUCAAUAGUCUGUUCUACUGUAUUUAAUAUUGGAGCCUUAACCGUGUACUAUACUGCUUUUUAUAACAUAUCAUUUUUUUAUACACGUGCUUGCUAUGAAACGUUUUUAUACAGUUUAAGAUGUAGUGUAUAUAUAUUACUAUUUUGAAAAGUUGCUAGUAUUAAGUAGAAAAAAUAUAUGAACAGGAGGUGGAAUAGCAUUGAAAAUGUUACCUAGUCAUACAAACCAAAACACUUUAAUUUUUGUUAAAAGUACGAAACAGACAGAAAUAUAAUAAAUUAUACUUGUAUUCUUUUGCUUUAAUUGAAUAAAAUUCCGUCAAAGUCAACGCUUUAUUUCAAAUGUUGUCUUACUUCGAAGGUAAGUAAUGGAUGUACGAUACAAGUUAAUAUCUGUCUCAGUUACAUUUAAGUUGAAUUAAACACACUAAACCUGGAAUUAACCUGUUGGCGAGUGCGCACGUCAUAUGACGUUCCCGUGUAAUGGUUAUUAAAGGAGUGAGCCGUUUUACCUUAACUAACCUCAAAGGAGUAAGGGUAAAAAAAUUGAAUUUUUUUCCAAAAAACUAUUUAAUUACAUGUAAAAACACUGUUUAUAAGGUUACAUUAUAUUUUUGAGCAUUUUAUAUGUUCUUAGAAAUUUUUUUGAGUAUGAAAAUUUUGAAAACAAGGAAAAAUGCAAAGCGAUACUUCACAUGAAGAACAUUCAUAAGACGUGUCCUUUCGCCGUGACGGGGCCUUGGUUGUGUGCAUACAUACGUAGCAGGGUCUUUGAAGUUUCCUCUUGCGGCUUGAACUCUCAGGUAGUGGGCGGGGGAAAUGGCGACCGGAGAGUCGGAGCGGGUCCUUGGCUCCGCCCACGGGCCGCGAGACGGGAACAGCUGCGUCGUUGUUUGGCGCUAUGUGGGCUUCUAACAACUGUCGAAUUAGAUUCAUGCGGUAGUCCAUGAUGUGAAUCUUUACACUAGGGUUUGUUUGUUUCAUUUUUUCUCUGUAGAUGAGAUAGGCAUUCAAAACUGAUAUGUCUAAUAAAUGCAAGAACAGCUUGACAUACCAUUUCAUAGUUUUUCUUGUUGUGUCAUUUCAUAACGAAACCAUCAUAUCGGCUCGGUCCACGGCUCCCAUAUUUCUGUUGUAAUUAACAACACAUAAAGGCUUCACUUGAUUUCUGGCUGUUCUUGUAUUUACUCUUACCAUUUCAUGUUUGUCCACAGUUGUAAUCAUGGUUACAUUACGUUUAUCACACCAUCGAACUAUAAGCAUAUUAUCAUUAUGCCGCAGCUCAACAUCUCCUUUUUUCAUCUUUUUCGUGAGACAUGGCACAUUUUUGCGUUUAGCAUUCAAAGUGCCACAUGCUCCUGUAUUUUUCUCAUAUAGCCAUGAAAACAGAUCUGGACUGGAAUACCAGUUAUCCAUAUAAACUGUGUGGUUCUUAUUCAAAUAUGGCCUUAGAAUACUUUUGAUGAAAUGCCAUCGUUACAACUGUCUUCGUCAAUAUUUGUACCCUUACCGGUAUGAACUAUAAAGUCUAAGACUACUCCGGUUUCACAGUCACACAGGACGAAUGUUUUGACACCAAAUCGUUUCCUUUUGUUGGGAAUAUAUUGGCGAAAAGAUAGCCUUCCCUUCCAAAGCAUGAGGCUCUCGUCAACAACUAAAUUCUGGUAUGGCUGAAUUAGUGAUCUAUAUUUUCUCCUCAAUGUUUCUAUUACUGUCCUAAUUUUGUAUAGCUUAUCCCCAGAAUUAGAAUUUAUGUUGUCAUCAAAGUGGAUCAAGCGCCUCAAAAGUAGGUAUCUAUCUUGAGAGAAAAUCUUAGAAAAAAUAGGAGUUUCUAUCAGUGGAUCACUCGACCAAUACUGUUUUAUUGUAUUUUUUUUGCAAUGUGACAUCAGAAGGCUGGUUGCUAAAAAGCAAUAAAUUUCAUCGGGAUUUGUUUCCACCCAUUUGUGAAGUUUGGAAAACUCAGUGAGGACACCUUUAGUGCUUUCAAAAUAGUAUUUGUUUGUCUCGGCUGAAAUGUGGGAAACAAAAUCAUAGUCAAAUAUUUUAUAAAAUGUGUCAAUUUCCUUCCACUCAUUGGCUCCUAAUUCAUCAGUAACAAUGAAUCCUGAACUUGAACUUUCAAAAUUAGCUAUCCUAGGUUCAAAAUUGGCAUUGUGUGUCCAUUUGCAAGUAGAGCAUACCUCAUCUGUGUGUAAAUCAUUACUAGGGUGUACAUUUUCAUUUGUUUGUCCAUGUAGGUCAGGUAAAGGUGUACUGACUAGGCUACUCACGUUGAAAGAUUCCUCAGUAGUUUCCAUGCAGUUUUCCUCGCAAUUGGCAAAAUCUUCAUCCAUACUCUCUCAAAAAUGUCCUCAACAUUAAAAAAAUCUCCAUCGGAAUCCAAUACAUGUCCAUCGUUAUCAAUGUUAUAGCUGCCAUCAGAUUCUAUAUCCAAUUCUCUGCGAAUGGCAUCGCUAUUGUCACAGAUGCGAUUUUCCCAUUCCAUCGCAACGUGUUCACUCACACUAAAUAACACUGUACUAUAAUUUCAAACAGAAACAGUAAUUACAAUAGAAAAGUAGCACAGCAGUAACAUAACCACAUCAGUCAGGAGCAGAAUAGUGGCAGAAUAAAAAAGGCGCGAAAUCUGUCACAAGUGGCGCAACUAGUUCCUUGAUUUACCACCAGAUUGUAGCAUGUUACGGAUACUUUCAACCAUGGUAUGUAAAACUAAACGGCGGUAUCGCGCAUCCUUGCGUCAGCUGAUACAGUCAAGCCAAACAGCUGAGCCUUCCAGCUUGUGAUUUGGGUGUAGCAGAUGAUCAGCUCCAACACACCAUUGACGUCACGGGGCGGAACUUACGACAUACCAUUUAGUUGGAUAUACCAUGAUUUCAUCAUUCAGAUUAUGUUUAAAUGUUUAAACUAAUGGAUUUUAAUGUAAUCUCUAGACACGUCAUAUGACGAUGGUCCUCAUAUGGGAACACACGUCAUAUGACGAAGGUCCUCAUUUGGGACUUUUUUCAUGUCAAAUGCGCACUCGCCAACAGGUUAAAAGAGAUUAACUCUCCGAGCUUACAUGAUCAUCAGACUUUGCCACAUAGUUCAGUAUAAGACACUGCACUGCUUGGGUGCCAAAGUGUUAAAUUCUACAAAAGGAACUUAAGAGUAUGUUGUAAUUGAAUGUCUGUCACAACUAAGGGUUAUUAAUUGGACUAGUAUUUUUCAUUCACUAUCCAUAAACUUCAAAUGCGAAACAGAUAAAAUGGUUUAAAUUUUAUUAUAGAUUAUUUGAAGGGAUAACAAGUUUUGGAAAUUUGCCAUCAUUUAGUGUUUUUAUUAUAGCUGCCUUAACAAUGUCAAAUGUCCAUGAUCCUGUUAUCUCCUCAGAUAAAAUGGAUUUAUAAUCAGAAAACUGAUUCCAUAACUUGAGAUGACAAUUUUUGUACUCUUACAGUACAGUAGUUAGUUGACUUUUAGUGCUUAUAAACUUUUGACAAAUUAAUAAAACCCAUGGAAUAAUAUUAGUGCUACCAUAUUAAAAAAAAGUUAAGUUAACUAUAUACACGAGAACCAUCAUUGUGUUAAAAAAAACUGAAACAUGAUGUUUCAAGGUGUACCUGUCCUCUUCUUCAUUUUCCAAAAAUACUUUAGACAUAAUUUUAAGCAUGCUCAUACUUACAAAUAAAAAAUAAAAUAUAGUGAUGAACACUAACUUGACAACAGAAGAGUUGUGUAGUAAAAUUAAUUUCAAUAAGGCUGAAGGUGAGGUUUGUACAUUCCUUCCUUGUGCCCUACCCUUACCUCUUUUUUCUUUUUUUUUUUUUUUUCUUACUGAAUAUUAUCCUGGUAGUUGGCCAAAAGGGGAAUUUCCUGCUCAACCUACACUUACCUGUCCUGGUGUGUACCUAUACUUUUGCAGUACGUUUGCUGUGUUGUGUAGGAUUUUUGGUUAUCAGAUUUUGUUAUAUCGCACAACUUUUUUUGUAUAACAUGCGUUUUGUGUUUAUCACAACACAUUUUGUUGAUUUGCAUGCUUUACAUUAUGUCUGGAGUUUUUUAUGACUCCUAAAAAUAAGACAUCCAAAAAAAUGACAUCCUGAUCCUGAUCAUCCGUCAUCAGUAUGGGCUUUAAACAACGAGUAGUGGUACUAGCUUUGCAUAAUUUUUUUUAAAUCUCCAACAUACAUGUUGUUACUUUAGAAUAAAACAUUAAUUAUGGCAUACAAGUUGAUGGCCACAUGUUACAGAUUAAGCAUUGUCCCGAAAUGUUUUAGUAAAAUAAAAAUAAAUGGAUUGUUCUUUCCUUUUUCUCAACGCUUGGGUAUAAACACCAAAGACUUUUGGUUCACUAACUGAUUUAAAAAGGAGAGGGCAACUAUAUUUGUGAAUUGGGAGAAGAGUAUGAAAUCAAAAAAAGAGAUUGCAAAGUAUAACAAAGGUUUACUAUAUUAGCAUAUUAUCGAUUGAAGAAUGUAUUGAAGAAUAUAGUAAUGUACCACCAUUUCAUCUUAAUAAAACCCAUCUCACUAGCAUAAAUUUCACAGUUUUUUUUCACAUUGCCAGCAACAUGGGUGAGAAAGGAUAAAAAUAAUAAUGAAAGGAAUGGUAGGAAGGGCACUGAUUCAGUAAAUUGCAAAAUCAUCCGACUCCGGCAUGGGAGGGGAGGAAGUUGUCUGUCUCCACGUAGCCCUGGUGGUUUUCACAGAUUGAAGAAGAUAUUGUUGCCUUGGAGAACUGUAGUCUAGAUUCCUAAAGGACUCGGUGUUUUGAGACUUCCAGAUUCCCACAAAAACAUUAUGCAAAAUUGUAAAAGGCUGUUCAAAGUAUCGGGUACAUCGUAAUGAGUAGUUGUUGAAGCUCAGUUAGCUAAAAGAUGCUCUGAACUAUAAGUAGCUCAAAUGUGUUUGUUUUUAUGCUUCCUUACCUGCCUUUAAAGUUUGUAUCCUAUUCUACAUUUGCUGUCUAUCCAAUGAGGGCUUGAGAUAUUUAUUGUCUUUCUUUCCAGGCUUAGUAAUUACACAACAAAGUCACAUAACAGGUUUUAUCUUUUACAAUUACAUCUUCAAACUCUCGUGUUAAUUUUAAAAAAUGUAUACUAAAUUGCAGUACAUU